AUGUUAUGGCUCGACCGGGAUGCCUGCCAACAUCGUUCUGCCUUUCCUCUUACCACCGGGCGCUCCUCUGCUCGUCUUUUACUUUGUGCUGUAUGCCGUCGGCUGGCUACUCGCUGGUUAGUAUAUUCUGCUGGCGAUCUUUUGCCUUUUGAACCUUGUCACCUCUGUGAUGUCUGCCUUCGAAUGCUUCUUUAUACGCCAAAUGGAAAGAAGGUUUCCCCGAAUUUCCGAGUCCAUAUGUACUGCGAUUCCGAAGUGACAAUCUGA